AUGGCAAGAAAACUGCACGAAGAAGGCAAACUGCCCUUUAUUGAGGUGUAUGUUGAUGUCCCUAUCGAGGUUGCCGAGCAGCGUGAUCCCAAGGGUCUCUACAAAAAGGCCCGUGCCGGCGAGAUCCCACAAUUCACCGGCAUCUCUGCCCCCUACGAGGCCCCCGAGAAGCCCGAAAUCCACAUCCACAGUGACAAACUCACUGUCGAGCAGGCUGUCGAGCAGAUCACCAAGUAUCUCGUCGACAACAAGUACGUCCAACUAUAG